UAAACAGGUGUUUUUUACCGGUAAAGAUGCCGUUCAAGCGAGUAUGGGACGCGUCGUGCCCCCGCGAGUACGACCGCUGGGAGGAGGGCGGGGUCACGUGGGUCAUCCAGGACCUGCCUCCAGAGGACGAUGACAAGGCUCUAACACUGAUGAUGAACAAUCUGAUACCUGAUGGGGUCCUUUGUGCUAUCAGUGAACUGGACAAGGACCCAGUGAGCGUGAGCAGUAUAGUGAAGUUCUGGCAACGGUGUCUGCGCCAACGCAUGAGCCUCGCCUGUUACGCAGUGCAAGAAAGACAGAGCACGCUAGUUGCUCUUAACUGCUGCAUUGUUCAGUGUGCUGGAGAACAAGGUGAUUAUCAGAUAGAAGGCGAGGCAUGGAAGAAUGUUUACAGCGUAUUAAAAUACAUAGGAAGCAGUUUCGACGUGUUCAAGUACCUGGGGUUGGAUAAGGUCCUGUACGCUCUCGGUCUGGUUGUGCAGAGAGAGUACAGAGGGGCAAAACUAGGCGCUAGAUUAUUGGCUGCUAGGGAACCACUAGGCCUUGCCCAAGGUAUAAAAGGUACGGCAAACGUCUUUACUGGUCCGGCUUCGCAGAAGUCAGCGGCGCGAGCCGGCUUCGAAACCGCCUUUCAAGUCACCCUCAAACAACUCGCUGAUAUCGGCUUGAAAUAUCCACCUGAUGACAGAGUUAUCAAGCUUAUGGUCAGAAAAUAUAUUUAAUUUAAUAGUUUU